ACUAGUAUUUAUUUUCUGCUGCUACCGUGGCUAACGUUACUCGUUGAAAGUUCCAUUUAAAAUUUGGUUAAAUUAUCAAACGCUGUCAAGAAUGGCUGUGGAAUCAAGAGUCACACAAGAAGAAAUUAAGAAAGAACCUGAAAAACCUGUCGACAGAGAGAAGACGUGUCCACUUCUACUGCGAGUUUUCACCACCACCAAUGGCAGACAUCACAGGAUGGAUGAGUUUGGUAGAGGGAACGUUCCUUCCAGCGAGCUCCAGAUUUACACCUGGUUGGACGCUACGCUGAAAGAGCUCACAAGUCUUGUGAAAGAAGUCUACCCUGAAGCUCGGAAAAAAGGCACACAUUUUGGCUUUGCCGUAGUCUACCCGGAACCUAAGCGACAAGGUUACAGGGUAAAGGAUAUAGGCAACACAUUGUCUGGACGGAAGGGUCCAGAUGAUGCCAUGACCUUACAGUCACAGCGAUUUCGGAUUGGAGACUACCUGGAUAUCGCCAUCACCCCUCCCAACAGAGCACCCCCUCUACCAGGGCGCAUGAGACCCUAUUGAUACCAGAGGGCCUGCCUAGUUUAAAAGGUCCCCCAAUCGUAUAGAAGUCGUAUGAUAGGAGUAGGAGAUCAGUGUUCUUUCUACUGAUGUUUUUUUUAAAAUCAUCAAAUUGUGUUCAAGUACAAAUCGAUAGUACUACCAUGUCCUCCUUUGGGAUUGUUUUGAAUUAAAAUGUUUCAUUUACAA